AUGGAUCAUCGUGCAGCCUGGAAGCAGUACAUGAGAGAGCUAUGUUUGUCCAAUGAUUCUUCCGAUGAGGAAGACAAUUUGGUCCUAGCGACUCUUACCGUAUGGCAUGCGAACGUCGAAGCUUCUCGCAGAGGGCCGUGGGGCGAGUCCAUCCCCGGCCACCGGCGCAUACACAGGAAUCGGAUGGAGGGCCACAAUCGGUUGUACAACGACUACUUUGCAGAAUCCUCGGUGUACCCCGACUACAUAUUUCAUCACAGGUUCAGGAUGAAACAUGACCUCUACUACAAGAUUGUGAAGGAGGUUGAGGACCAUGACCUGUGGUUCCAGCAAAGGAGGAACGCUGCAGGAGAGCUUGGGCUGCCAUCCUUGCAAAAAGUAACUACAGCUUUCCGUAUGUUAGCAUAUGAUGCUCCUGCAGAUUCUCUCGACGAGUGCCUUCGGCUAGGGGAGAGCACCAUCAUUGAGAGCAUGAGGCGGUUCGUGCGUGCUAUUGUCGAGGUGUUCGGUGACGAGUACCUCCGUGCUCCGAACGAGGAGGACAUUGCUCUAUUGCUGGAUAUGAACCAGCGCCGAGGGUUCCCCGGGAUGCUUGGAAGCAUUGAUUGCAUGCAUUGGAAGUGGAAGAACUGUCCCACGGCAUGGUCCGGUUCUUUCAGGGGCCAUGUCAAUGCACCGAAUAUAAUUCUAGAGGCCGUGUAA